AUGGGUGGGAAGGAAGGAAAUGUAGCCAGGACCACUGAGCCGGCCAAGACCGACGCGAGUUUGGUCCCUCGAACCUACACGGAAAAUUAUUUGGCAACAGAUGGCUUCCUUGUGGAUUACUUUAAUGAGUUCUUAAGCCUUCCUACCUUUUCAGAGGCAAUUAGAUUUAACGUGGACUACGGAGUGUUUGAAGUGGUUAACAAUGCACCCCAGCUUCUAGAAAAGCAACUGAAAAGAAUUCUGCAAAGUCAAAAGCCUCGAAAUCCCAUCUAUGAUGUCAUAAGGAAAGGGAAAAGUGAUGCUAAGCCCUUUCGAAAGAAUGUCCCCCGUGAAGACGAGACCAUUAACAUCACCUACACUAUCAUGUGCCUCAACCGAGAGCAAGGUAUUAAGUGGAUCAAAAGAAAAAGACUUCCGGCAUUUCUGGAAAGUGAUUGCUACUUUGAAUACAGGUUAGCCAAAUUGAUCUCUCAAGCAACGUGGAGCAGCUCAGGCAUGAAUUUCAUAGUAGGCACAAGCAUUCCCCCCUGGGCCCUGAGAAAACCACCUACUCCACCUCCUCCUAGCAUCGAAGAGGAGAACAUCCUGAUCAUGAAAAAGUUCUACGUUUCUCUCGGCCAGGCCUCCUGUACGCAAACAAAAGAUUGGUUUACUCUGGCAAAGCAGAGUGAGAGGACAGUCAUGAGUUUUUCGUUGCCCUGCUGUGUAUCCCACCACAAAAUUUCGCAACCAGGUCUUUCUUCCAUCUCUGAGAGUUUAAUCUACGAAGAUGGAGUGCACCCCAGGACAAUAAGGAGAACAUCUAAAAUGGGCCCCGAAUCAGAAGAAGAAGAAGAAGGGUCCAUCUCAAUAAAAGACAGCCCUUCCCAAGCCCUUCUGAGGAUAUACAGAGAGAAGAGGGUCUUCCAGGAGAAGACGUUGCACUUUGCCAACGUGGACGAGUUUCUCAACGCCUACAUAAUCUUCAUCUUGAGAGAAGCCAUGAAGAAAAUCAGCGACCAUUCCUUAAGCAGCACCUCGGACUACACCAACUUCUACAACAUAUCCCGGGUGGUAUUUGACAAAACGGAGCCGGCGCCUAGCAAGAAGGCCGUAAGUUCACCCCCAAACGAAACAGCAGACCAAGUCUCAGAAGAGAAACUGGAAAAAGUAAGCUUGAGUUCCAAGAGCGAAAGCACUGCAUCAGAGAGCAGGGCCGACUGGUGUAUUUCCCACAGAACCUACGACAUUGGCAACAGAAAGGAGUUUGAAAGAUUUAAGAAGUUUCUAAAGGGGACAUCAGGAGAAAGGUACUGGUGGUUGUGGAUGGACAUUGAAAGGCUGAAAGUUCUCAAGGACCAGGGAAGACAUCAAAGACAUCUUGAGAAAAUGAAAAAAUGCUACCUUUUGAGCAGUGGGGAGCUCUACCUUUCCACAGAAAUCCUGUCAAAGUUUAAGCUGCUGCACGGAUCCCUGUGGACAGAAGAACACUUGAAAAAAAUCCAGAUUGAGGUGCUAAAACCUCUUCUUCUGUAUUGGGCACCAAGAUUUUGUGUGACUCAUUCAUCUUCAACAAAAAAUGCUAGUGCUGAACUGAAAUUCUGGCGCCUUCGGCAACAGAAACCAAGGGAAGAUGUUGACCCUUGGUUCAUAUCUCUCCUUGGGCCGUUUGUCAACUGCUGUGGUUCGAAUGUGACCGGAACCCUACAGGGUUACAUGUUUGAGUACUUUGUCCCCACUUGGCACUGUCUGGGAAGGUCAGGAAACCUUCGGAGGUGUGGCCACACCGUAGGAAGUGUGUCACUGGCGCUGGAUCCUGAAGCCUUAUGGCUUUCCGAUCACACUCUGCUCCCCGGAGGUGGAUGCAGUGUGAUCAGCCGGCUGCCUGUUCCCACCACCACCACGAGGAUGAAGCAGAAGCAGUCCCCACAGCCAGGCACCCCACCUCUCACACCCCCUAGAUGGCAGUGCAGCCAUCACCUGGUGAGAGAGGCCGCGCCCCACGGAGAUGAAGUCAGUUUAUUUCAACAAGCCAAAUCUCCUAACAAAUUGUCGAGAGUAAGCACGGGGACUCAAAAGAUGGGGAAGAGCGAGCCAUUGUAUCGGAUCCCUUCUAAGGACGACAGCCUUGAGAAAGGGUAGAGGCGGUUAAAGUUGGGCAACACAGUUGUUCGCUUGACAUCUUUCACUGACAUCUCUGAAUGUCUGAAACCCCAGCUGGAAAGAAGAUAUACUUACACAGAGGAGCCUAAUGUUAAAGCUACGUUUGGUAGUAGAGCCUUGGGAGGCUUUAACAUGGAAAACUUGUUACAGUCUUUGUAUGUCGAAAAUAGAGCUGGAUUCUUCUUCACUAAGUUCUGCGAGAAUUCAGGGAACAAGCUGUGGAAGAACAGUGUGUACUUUUGGUUUGACCUACAGGCUUAUCAUCAGCUGUUCUACCAAGAUACACUUCACCCUUUCAAAGUUUGCAAGCAAGCCCAAUAUCUUUUUGCCACUUACAUUGCUCCGUCAGCCACCCUCGACAUAGGACUUGACCCGGAAGAGAGGAAGGACAUUUACCUAAGGAUACAGCCACCAUUCGAGGACCUUUUUGACACAGCGGAAGAAUAUAUCCUCCUCAUCCUUCUGGAACCCUGGACACAGAUGGUGAUGUCAGACCAAGUGGCUUAUGCACAGGUGGAACUACAAGAAGAGACUCGGCAGCUGGAUUCCACAUACUUCAGAAAGCUGCACGCUUUGCAUAAAGAAGCAGUUCUCAAGAAGGGUGAGGACACCACUGGAUCUGUGGCUGGUAUGCUGUCACUGUCUGAAAUCUCUAAACACAUGGAGUACUGGAGUAACGUCCCCGAGGAAUACAAGAAUUUCACCUUUAACGACCUACUGAACAACAAACUGGAAUUUGAGCAUUUCCGCCAGUUUUUAGAGUCUCAUUCUUCAAGAAUCCUUUUUAAAGACCAAAGGCAAAGAGAGGCAAAAUGAAUAUACAUUAAAAACAAAUACCUUAAUAAGAAAUAUUUCUUCGGCCCCAAAAGCCCAGCUUCUUUGAACCAGCAGAACCAGAUACAGAUGAAGGACAUAGCGGACGAACUUUUGCUGCAGAGGCCUGACAGGAAAAUUGGAGUUUGGAAGCCUGUGGAGAGUAAGUGGCUAUCUUCAUCCUGUGAGAUUAUUGCCUUCCGAAAAGCGUUACUGAAUCCAAUCACUGCAAGGCAGUUCCAGCGAUUUGUGGCCCUGAAAGGAGAUUUACUGGAAAAUGGAGUACUUUUUUGGCAAGAAGUACAAAAGUUUAAGGACUUGUGCCACUCACACUGUGAUGAAUCCAUCAUCCAGCAAAAGAUCACGACCAUCAUCAAUUGUUUCAUCAACUCCUGCAUCCCGCCAGCCCUGCAGAUAGACAUCCCAAUCGAGCAGGCCCAGAAGAUAAUUGAACACAGGAAGGAGCUGGGACCAUACGUGUUCCGAGAGGCACAGAUGACGAUUUUCGGGGUUCUGUUUAAGUUCUGGCCGCAGUUCUGUGAGUUUCGGAAGAAUCUAACAGAUGAAAAAAUCAUGAGCGUUUUAGAGAGAAGACAAGAAUAUAAGCAGAAAAAGAAAUUGUCAGAGACAGACGAGGACAAGAUCGGGAAGGCUGGACUCAAGCAGUACACUAGCACUACAGGCUCCCUAACCAAAGUUCCUAUCACCAGCGAGUCCUUUCUAGGCCUGCAUGCCUAUGGCCGACAGCCAACCUGGUGCUAUUCAAAGUACAUAGAAGCCUUGGAACAAGAGCGAAUUCUCCUGAAAAUUCAAGAAGAAGUGGAGAGGAAAAUGUUCACAGGUGCAUCAUCUUUCACAAACUUGCUUAAACUUCCCACUGUUUCCAUUAUGUCCUUGAAGAACCUGUCUCUCCACAGCAUUCAGAGAUUUCUUUAA